AUUCCAUCAUCAUCAUCAUCAUCAUCAUCAUCAUCAUCAUCAUCAUCAUCAUCAUCAUCAUCAUCAUCAUCAUCAUCAUCAUCAUCAUCAUCAUCAUCAUCAUCAUCAUCAUCAUCAUCAUCAUCAUCAUCAUCAUCAUCAUCAUCAUCAUCAUCAUCAUCAUCAUCAUCAUCAUCAUCAUCAUCAUCAUCAUCAUCAUCAUCAUCAUCAUCAUCAUCAUCAUCAUCAUCAUCAUCAUCAUCAUCAUCAUCAUCAUCAUCAUCAUCAUCAUCAUCAUCAUCAUCAUCAUCAUCAUCAUCAUCAUCAUCAUCAUCAUCAUCAUCAUCAUCAUCAUCAUCAUCAUCAUCAUCAUCAUCAUCAUCAUCAUCAUCAUCAUCAUCAUCAUCAUCAUCAUCAUCAUCAUCAUCAUCAUCAUCAUCAUCAUCAUCAUCAUCAUCAUCAUCAUCAUCAUCAUCAUCAUCAUCAUCAUCAUCAUCAUCAUCAUCAUCAUCAUCAUCAUCAUCAUCAUCAUCAUCAUCAUCAUCAUCAUCAUCAUCAUCAUCAUCAUCAUCAUCAUCAUCAUCAUCAUCAUCAUCAUCAUGUCUCCGAUAG